AAAUUCGCAGGAAGCUCGUCAUCGUCGGUGAUGGUGCUUGCGGAAAGACCUGUCUUUUGAUCGUCUUCUCCAAGGGAACCUUCCCCGAGGUUUACGUCCCCACCGUCUUCGAGAACUACGUCGCCGAUGUAGAGGUCGAUGGCAAGCACGUCGAGCUCGCCCUCUGGGAUACCGCCGGCCAGGAGGACUACGAUCGUCUCCGCCCCCUGUCCUACCCCGACUCCCACGUCAUCCUCAUCUGCUUCGCCGUGGACUCGCCCGAUUCGCUUGACAACGUACAGGAGAAGUGGAUUUCCGAGGUGAUGCACUUUUGCGCCGGCCUUCCGGUCAUCCUGGUCGGCUGCAAGAAGGAUCUCCGGCGGGACCCCAGGGUCAUUGAGGAGCUGAGGAAGACCAACCAGCGGCCGGUCACUCCCGAGGAGGGCAUGGCGGUAGCACAGAAGAUCGGUGCCCGUCACUAUCUCGAGUGCUCGGCACGGACGGGUGAGGGCGUGCGGGAGGUGUUCCAGUACGCGACCCGUGCUGCGCUCCUCAUUCGGCCCAAGGGCGCGAAGAAGAGCCACCAUUGCGUCGUGCUCUAAGCCUUUGCGAUCCCCGGUGUUUCCCUCGGCUGGCCAGGACUCUACGUUACCCGCUUUCCCUUUCCGAGUAUCGCACCAGGCCUGCCGGGCAUCUCGCUUUCAACAUCCACGCACCUGCUCCUUCACGGCGACCAGGAUGGGCGCGCGGUGCACGCGCCUGCCCUUACCCGGCCCUCGCUUCGUCCGCUCACCGUUACCGUUCGUAAUACCCCCGCGUACGUUCACGACUAGUACUAUCUUCGCAAUGACUGUGACAUAUCUCUCAUCUCUGUCGUCUCUUGUACAUCGAUCUACGGCCUGGCUCUCGUUUCCUCUGUCUGCAUGCCCUGCUGCGUCUGUCGCGUCGGAGUGGUGUGUGAUCGGUGCGCGGCGCGCGUGCGUAGAGUUUCUUUCCAUGUCUUUUCGCUCGGUCGGAUUGGAGGAAAUUAGACUAUUUAGUAGAUCG